AUGUCUCCUCCGACGUACGAAGAGAUUCUAAGCUGCCAGACCGUGCUCUUCGAAUGGGCAGAAAGCUACGACUCGAAAGACUGGCAGAGGCUGAAGGCAUGCCUUGCCCCUACAUUGGCGGUCGACUACAGCGCCUUUAUUGACAAGAAAUGGGACGCACUUCCGGCCGAUGAGUUCGUAGGAAUGGUCUCGAGUACUCACUUCCUCGGCAAUCCGACGAUCCGGACUCAGCAUCUGAUUGGGUUGGGGACUUGGGAUAAGACUUCUGCCGACAUAAUAGUCGCACAUUUGCAGCUGAGAGUCGCGCAUCAAAAGUACACGGACGAAACUUUGGGAACAGUGCAACUUACGGCCAACGACCACGGGACUGGUGUGCUGACACUCAAGUGCAUCCAAGGGCAAUGGAGAUUUGCCGGUCUUGUACCGAGGAGUCGCUGGAGCACAGGUGAUAUGUCAAAGGUUUUUGGACCGUAA